CGACGAUUGAAAGCCCGUAUUCGUCUUGUGACGAGUCAGCCGUUCGUCUCCGAAGCCACAAGAACGGUGUACCCUCCUCAAUUGGUGGUCUUGUAAAGUCUCGGCAGCGUGAGGUCUCGCUUCCUUUAUCCCAUAUCACUGCAAUAGGUACAUCACAGAUCGCUCGAGAACAUCCCCGCCAUCGAACACUAUACGCCUCCUGAAGCCUACAAGCCUAUACGACCGGAAACUCUCUCUCUAACCACACUUUCGCCAUCUGCUCGAGUCUCCUUCCUCCUCCAGUAUACCUGAGACAAUGACCUUCAACCGAUCGCAACGGUAGCAUUCGUUCAUUGCUGUCCAGCCCUUCCCAUCUCCGACUAUUAUACCGCAGCAUGGGCAAGCUGAUCAAGAACCACUGGGCGCGCCUGAUUUGCCUCACAGCAGCAAUAUAUCAAAUCGCUGCCGCGCUAGAAGGCUUCUUCUGGCCCAAGUUCUUCUUCGACUGGAUGACCAAAAACUUCGACUCAGCAGUCAAGCCCGUGCCGAUUUUACAGACCAUCAACCUCAUCAUCGGAAUCAUCUCUCUGGUGUACGAAUGGCCGCUCAAAUAUGUUGCUGGAACCUCGAUACAACAAUCAAUGGAAGUGCGACUCAUGUGGCUACCGCUGGCGAGCUUGAGCAGUCUUCUUCUCUACCAGGCCACGAAUCCGGCGCUGUAUUAUUUCAUCGCGAUUGGGGUGUACUUUUGGGCAUAUAGUGAGGGCGAGGUGAUAUGUGCGGUCCCAUGGACAUUACCGCGCAAGAUGGAUCGCAGACGACUGGAAAAGGCUUGAAAUGAUGAUGAUGAUGAUAAUAAUGAUGAUCAAUGAUACCUAUUUGAAUUUGCAUAGCGAUGUACACUGGGCGCUUUGGGUUAGAGAAGGCGUGAUAUAGCAGCCUGCUUAGAGGAAUACAUGCUGCGUGGCAAGCCCAUCGCAAGCACUGUACAUAAGGUACGGCAUGAACGCACCCAGAGACUAAUAAACGC